AUGAAAGCCUCAGAAAGUGCCAUGCCAGCCGAGAAUGCCCCUAUAUGCCACAUAAAACCGUUACAGGUGGAGCGAGAAGAUCUUAGUGGGGGGAGUGACAAACCCCCCUCGAGGGGAGUACCUACCUUCCCAGUUGAUCAACAUAAGACCACCCCAGCUGACACGCCAUGCCUUGUGUUACCAGUUGCCAAUGCAUCAGAUGUCCAGCCAGAAGACACGAUCUUCACACGCCAGACUGAGCCCUUCCUACAAGCCCGUGUAGAGAAGAUAUUGGAGCUUGUGCAGAUAGGUGACGACAUCACAGCAGACCAACGCGAGGAAGUCAAGUCACUCAUCGCUGAAUUCGCUGACUGCUUCGCCUUAUCACUCAGCGAGGUCAAUCUCAUUCCAGGCGCAGUGCACAAGCUCGACAUACCCGAGAACACAUCAUUCCGCACAAAGAUUCCACAAUGCUCGUUCAACCCAGACCAACAGGCCUUUAUGGAGGCAAAGGUUGACGAAAUGCUGAAGGGUGGUAUAAUACGUCCUAUACACCCAAGGGAGGUCAAAUGUGUCACGCCCUCGGUGUUCACUAGUGGCUACCACUAUUUAUGA